AUGGGUUUACUUGAUGACAACUAUCCAGGAGCCCUACAACGAUUCAAGGCCCUCGUCAGAAAACUUUGCGUGAAUAAAAAACUUCUGGAGUAUGACAAUGCGCUUAAUGACAUGCUCUCAAGUGGAAUAGCCGAACCAGCACCGUACCCAAUCGAAGGCGAACGUGUGUUUUACAUGCCUCACCGUCCAGUCUACAGGGAAGACAAAGAAACAACGAAAUUGCGUAUCGUUUUUGACGCCUCAGCUCAUGCCUCUAAUCAAUAUUCGCUUAACCAACAUCUUGAAGUGGAAUUGGCAGCAGAUAUAGAAAAGGCUUUUUUACAGAUAAUGCUGCACCCUAAAGACCGCGAUAGUCACAGAUUUAUUUGGUUUUCGGAUAAAUUAAGUAACGUUGACAAUCUUCCUGAUUAUUUCGUAUUUCGAAUGACUCGUGUGACAUUUGGCGUCACUUGCAGCCCUGGUCUUUUGGCUGUCACAAUUAUAAAGGCGAUUAAAGAAGCUGAACAAACAUACCCCCGAACGUGCGCUCUUCUCCUCAAGAGUUUUUAUGUAGACGAUCUUGUGUGCAGUGUCGAUGAAGAAAUAGAUGCCGUGGAGAUUCAAAAAGAAGCCAAUAUCAUUCUUAAAAGUGCAUCUAUGAAUUUAUGCAAAUGGAACCCCAACAACUCUAUCGUUCGCCGUAAGAUUCCAAUAGAUCAAGAUAUUCACAAACUUCAAAAGGUACUCGGUCUGUGUUGGAUAGUUGCCACAGAUGAAUUGGCUGUAAAUGUUGAUGGACUUCUGAAUCUUUUGGAGUCAGAGAAGCCAAAAGGCACAAAGCGGAAUGUUCUCAAGGUAAUGGCAAAAAUAUUUGACCCUCUUGGUUUUCUAGGUCCUUGGAUAGUUCGUCUAAAAAUCCUCUUUCAAUCAAUCUGGCGUAAACAUCUAGAGUGGGACGAGCUCUUACCUGAAGAUAUGAUGAAAAUUUGGAUGACAUGCUGGCAUGAAGUGAGCGAUCUUCGGAAAAUAGCCUUUCCACGUCAUGUGAUUGUUGGUAAGAGAAACGUUGAUAUACAUAUUUUUUCAGAUGCGAGCCAAUAUGCUUUCGGAGCCGUAGCCUAUGCAAGAACCUGUGACGAUAUUGGAAAUAUUUUUGUGCGUUUCUUAUGUGCUAAAAAUAGAGUGGCACCUCUAAACAACAAAAAUCAGAACGAACUUACCAUUCCAAAGCUUGAAUUAACAGCUGCUCUCAUUGCAGCUCGUUUAUUAGAUUACUUGCAGAAAAACUUGCGAGUUGAAUUUAAUGAUGCUUAUCUAUGGACGGAUUCGAAAAUUUCAUGGUUUUGGAUUACUGGUUCCAGUAAACGUUGGAAACCAUAUAUUGAAAACAGGGUCCGUGAAAUAAGAUCCAUUUGCGAUGUUUCACAGUGGAGACACUGUCCAGGCCAAGAAAACCCAGCAGACCUAGUCACAAGAGGUAUAAACGCUAACGCUCUUAUAAAUUCAUCUUUGUGGAUGUCUGGACCGGAUUGGUUAAAAGAAAAUCAAUCAACAUGGCCACAAAACGAUAUCAGUAUUACAACCUUGAUUACAUCUUUACAUGUGACUGAAGAAAUUGAAGCUUACUCCGCUUUAGUUGAGUUAAAAAAUGUUAUUACUCUACCUAUGAAUCCAAUCGAUUUUAGCACUUGGAGACAUCUGCUCCGAACGACCGCUUACUUUUUUCGUGCAUUUAAUUUCUUUAAGACAAAAAAGAAGUUUCCAACUUUUCUUACGGCCGAUGAAAUUAUAGAUGCUGAAAAAUGCUGGAUAAAAUAUGUCCAGAGGCAACAUUUACGAGUUGGAGGGCGUCUUCAGUUUGCAGGAUUAAGUCCAGAAGAAACUCAUCCGUAUAUUUUGCCCAAAUCAUCGCACAUUACGAAGCUGAUUGUAAGAGACACCCACGAGAAGCUAUUUCAUGGCGGAACGAAUUCAGUGCUUUCAAAGCUUCGCUCAAGAUUCUGGAUACUUAAACUAUUUCAAGCUAAAUCAACAUCACAACCCUUCGCUCCACUUCCUAGAGAGCGAAUACUGCAUACAAGGCCUUUCGAGAUCACUGGUGUGGAUUUUGCUGGUCCGCUUUAUGUGAUCGAUAGCACCAAACAAUCGAGGAAGGUCUACAUAAUGCUACUUACUUGUGCAGCUGUUAGAGCAGUGCACUUAGAGGUGGUUUUGGAUCUGACAGCCGAAAGUUGUCUUUUGGCAUUGAGGCGUUUUAUUGCGCGAAGAGGUGCACCUCGGAUUAUAUAUUCCGAUAAUGCCAAGACUUUCAAAAAGGCAUCUACAGAACUAAGUCAUAAACUUAAAUUGAAAUCAAAUCCCGAUUUUCAAUGCUUCCUAACUGAUCAACGUAUUACCUGGAAAUUUAUCGUCGAAUGUGCUCCUUGGUGGGGUGGAUUCUGGGAGCGUCUAGUAAGAGUUGUGAAAUCUUCAUUGAAGGCUGCAGUGCUGGAAGCAACUUUAUCUAUUGACCAAUUUACGACUCUUCUUACUGAAGUUGCAACUGUUGUCAAUUUACGACCUCUUACGUAUUGCAGUGAUAAUUCUUCGGAUUGUGCUCCCCUCACACCUGCCCAUUUUCUUGGUGUUCAAGGAAUAUCUGGUGAUUCUACACCCGAACAGAAUUUUCAACCCAUCAAUCAAAAUACGCUAAGAUCAGAAGAAUAUCUUCAACAGUUACGCUCUUUACAUCAUGAGAGACAAGCAGCAUCAACCUACCUUGCAGCUGGAGAUGUUGUACUAAUAGAAGAUCCAUCUUUGCCUAGGAUACUCUGGCGAUUAGCGAUCAUCCAAAAAACAUUUCCAGGUCGAGACGGAAAAGUUCGUGCAUGUGAAGUACGAUUGGCUAAUGGUUCAGUUCUUCGAAGACCAGUUCAACUUUUGUAUCCUUUGGAAAUAAGUUCUUAA